AUUUUACACCCCACAGCGGCGACUCGGAGCAGGGUUGCACGUCCCAGUCAUGAAGUUCUGUAGGUGGGGCGGGCUUUAAUUUGCUUAUAUCUAAUGAUUUCAGGAGCCUCGCUUUAAAAUGGCGGCAUUCAGUACGCACCCCUGCUAAAUGCUCUCCCGGCACCGGGGCCACCUCGCGCAGCGCUGCUUUUGCUUCUGCUGCUAACAGAUGGCAUGUGCCGCUGUCGCUGCCCCCGCCGCUGCCGCUGAGAGCAAGACCCCUUAGCCCCUGGGUUUGCGCUGGCAGCAUAAUAAGGUUUCUGAAAAGUGCCUUUUCUGAAAACUGCUGCUUGGAUUCCACUCUAGAGCUAUCUCUUUAUAAACCCUACCCAACCCCCAAAUCUGGUGCGCUUAUAGUUCAGUCUCAGCAACUUGUCCAUUCUUUUUUCCCUUUGAUUCCCAGUUUUCAUAGUCAUUUUCCCUCCUCCUAUUUAGCAGUAAUUUUUUUUACACUUGUAACAUCCUUACCAAUCUUAAUCCUUAAAUCCAAGAAAUAGGGAGAAGGACAUUUCUUCCCUUGAUCUGAGACCAUUCCAUAAAUUGAAGGGUAACCAGCAGCAUAUGCUUUUUGCAAGAAUAAUUGAAAACAUCAACUGGAGAAUACAGAAUUCUUUUGAAAGCCUGCCAGUUAUUUGAAGUAACUUCGGCAAAGGAAAAAAUUAAACAAGCAAUAUCUUAACCUUCCUGGUUGCCUUGUUAGGAGUUGGUCUCUAAUUUAAUUUUCAGUUAUUUUGAUACAGUUUUUGGUUUGUGAUUGGCUUUUUGUUUGACAAGACCAAAUUUUGGCUAAAACAAAAACCUAAGUGCUAACAAAGAAGCAUUUCACCAAAGCAACCUUACCGCUUCACAUAUAGCUUGAAUUCACUCUUACCUUUUAACAGGAGUGAAACUGUCCUAGAGUGGGUGCACUUGAUUCUAACUUUGCUUUCAAUAUGACGGCUGUCAAUGUCACCCUGGUUCGUGACACCAAGUGGCUGACUUUAGAAGUCUGCAGAGAAUUUCAGAGAGGAACCUGCUCUCGAGCUGAUGCAGAUUGCAAGUUUGCCCAUCCGCCAAGAGUCUGCCACGUGGAAAAUGGCCGUGUGGUGGCGUGUUUUGAUUCUUUAAAGGGCCGGUGUGCUAGAGAGAACUGCAAGUACCUUCACCCUCCUCCACACUUAAAAACACAGCUGGAAAUUAAUGGGCGGAACAAUCUGAUUCAACAAAAGACUGCCGCAGCCAUGUUCGCCCAGCAAAUGCAGUUUAUGCUCCAAAAUGCUCAAAUGUCAUCCCUUACUUCUUUUCCUAUGAAUCCGUCACUUGCAGCUAAUCCUGCCAUGGCUUUCAAUCCCUACUUACCUCAUCCUGGGAUGGGCCUGGUUCCUGCUGAACUCUUACCAAAUGGACCAGUUCUGAUUUCUGGAAACCCACCUCUUGCAUUGCCAGGAGCUCCUGGUCCCAAGAUGAUGCGUUCGGAUAAACUGGAGGUUUGCCGAGAAUUCCAGCGUGGAAACUGUACCCGUGGUGAAAAUGACUGUCGCUAUGCUCACCCUACGGAUGUUUCUAUGAUUGAGGCAAGUGAUAAUACUGUGACGAUCUGCAUGGAUUACAUCAAAGGGCGAUGCUCCCGGGAGAAAUGCAAGUACUUUCAUCCUCCUGCCCAUUUGCAAGCCAAACUCAGGGCAGCUCAUCACCAGAUGAACCACUCAGCUGCCACCACAAUGGCCCUGCAGCCUGGUACGCUUCAACUGAUACCAAAGAGAUCAGCACUUGAAAAGACCAAUGGUGCCACCCCUGUCUUUAACCCCAAUGUUUUCCACUGCCAGCAGGCUCUGGCUAACCUGCAGCUCCCACAGCCGGCAUUUAUCCCUACAGGGCCAAUACUGUGCAUGGCACCCGCUUCAAGUGUUGUGCCCAUGAUGCACGGCGCAACUCCUACCACUGUGUCUGCAGCAACACCACCUGCUACCAGCGUUCCCUUCGCUGCAACAGCUACAGGCAAUCAGUUGAAAUUCUGAACAACAGAGUUACGGAGUAUCAAGAUCUCUCCGUGAGAACCUCCAUAUGGCCUUUCUAUAUAUAUUCUCAUAGGUCCUCUUCUACCAACGCAACAAUAAGUAUGGUGCGGUCAAUAUAUUAAACAAAGUGCACAUAUCAACACAUUCAAAGAAAAACAAUGAAGCACUAACCAGUCAACAGAGGUGUUAAAACAUGAAUAGAAAAUUAAUAACUACCAUUUAUCUUAUUUGAAUUAGUAGGUAGAACAUGACCAUAAAGUUUUGUAGUUUGUUACAUUAUUCUUUGUGAUUUUCCAAUAACCAUUAUGCUGAGUGAAUCUCCACAGUGCACUGUUGGCUUACUGUGCAUUCUUGGUGGGUAAAUGUUCAUCUGUUUUGAAGUGUUACCUUACUGUUUUGUUUACACAAUAGUCUGUUGGGUUUAUUUAGAAUGUAACAAAUGUAUCCAGUAGCAUUUUCCCCACUCUUGUAUCUAUUGUGGUGUGGCGUGGUGUGUUAGAUUUUUACAUACUAUAGUGUUUUCCUCUAGAUGUGUGGUGUUAGAUUUCAACUAAAAUAUUAUUAAUGGGAAACAGAAAUAUCUGUGUUUGAAAAACAUGACAGAUUAAUGUUAAUAUGCUUUCUCUCUCUUUAGAAAAUUUCUGUAGGUUUCUUAUGGCAGACAUUCAAAAGACCUCACUUUUGAGUGUGCACAAAACCUGUUCAUAAAUAUGCGUGUAAUACCUGCAGAUCUGACCUUGCAUAAUACAAUCACAUGCCUAGGUUUUUUGGGGGAGAGAGAAAUAAUUACCCACCAAAGAACCCCCAGAGAACUUCUUAAAAUAUGAACCUCUAGUCUCACUCCAUAAAAAGCUUGCAAAAUUGCAAUUUACCCUUAAAUGAAUUUCUCAGCAUUUAUGUAAAAUGCCCAUUACAUUUUUCUGUGGUUCAAGGAUCCUAUCUCCUAGAUUGAGUGUCUAAAGCUGAGCCACUUGUCAACUUUACCUGAAAAUUGGUACUUGGAGGCUUAAAGGUAUGCUAAUUGUAGGUUCUAAAUUAAACAGGGAGGUGGAGGCAUGGAGGUAGUUUUCAUGUUUUGGAGGAAAAUGUGUGAAAACCAUUGCAAUGCAACCUUUUUCACAAGUGCCAUUCUGUGAAUGAAAAUGGCUAGUGCUCUUUAGACUACUCUGAAUAAUAAGACGCAAUCUUGCAAAAGUCACGGUGAAAGAGAAUUGGUUCCAAUGAGGCCUUUCCUCCCCAAAUGGACAGUCUUCUCCACUGAUCACAGUUGGAGCAGAAGUAUAUAGGUUUGGAGAAAUGGUGAGGGUGGGGAGAAGGGGUAGGGAGGCAUGUAAAAGUAUUCUUUGAUUUACUUAAAACUUCUAGGAAGGCUGUCCACAGUUGUCUUUAGCUUCAGUUCAACCAAAUUUCCAGUUCCGUUGAACACUUUGUGAAGGAGCGAGCGCCUGUGUCAAGUGUUGCCCUUCCCAGACUUUAUUAACAACAGUCAUAUCAUAACCAAACCAUUUUUUGUUUCUUCAUUUAAAUUUGUUUUAUAUGUAUUUGAAAAUGAUAAUAGAGAGGUUUUCAUUAGUUACUAUUGUUAGUGCUGAACCAUAUGAUAUUUCACAUCAACUUAGAUUUAAUAUUUUCUACUAAAUAUAUAUUCUCCUGCUAGAAAGCAUACAAUCAUCAAAUUUAAUAUGUAUAGCAGGUUUGUUUCCCUUCACGAAAAUAACAAGCAAAGAGAAAAUCAGAUUUAGAAUACCUUAAGCUGGCUAGCAGUGUUUAAUCACAGAACAGUGGAGUUGGCACAACCUUUUGACAAUUGAUGAAACUGAGGCCCGGGACAUGUGACCUGCCCAUAGCUACCUAAUCCAUUCUGUAAUCGGUGGCAGUCAGACCCAGAAAAAUCUCCCAACUUUCAUUGCUUCCUCUGUUUCACAUUGUCUGUGUUUCAGAACAUUUGAGACUCCAUUCCAAAGCAGAUCCACUUCGCUUAGCAAAAAAUUAGCUGUUUGGUAGUUGGUAUCCUGUUGUUCUUAAUGAUCAAUCCUAUAUCAUGAUCAUCAGUAAUUUCUAAAUGGUCUUGGCUUGCAUCAAGACAUUGUCACCUGUUAACAGUAUUGCCUGGAGUGAGAGAACAAGAAGUGUCCUGACUUUUACCUGUUGAUUCCUUGAACCACUUAAUUUCUGUUUCCCAAAAUCUUAAUGUUGUUAGAGAAGAAAGUAGAAUAUGCCUUUGUGAAAUGACUUGUGUAUAGAACUGAGUUUUGUCUAACCUGUGCCAAUGCCUCUCCAGAAGGGCAGAGCUAAUCACACAAAUCCAGGAAGGAUGCACCUGAGCUAGUUUGGUGUCUUCCUUUAAGGUGAUAGAGAUGUCUUCAGUGCAAAAUGAACUCUUUUGCAUAGCUAGAUGUUUUCAUACAACGUACUGUCUCAUUUAACCUUUUAACCUUCUAAUGAAGAUGUUACAUAGACAAUAAGCCCAGAGUCGUACGGUGGUUUUUGUGAUGCUAUGAGCACUGGAAGACAGCAGUAAUGACUUAUUUUUUAGUAAGAGGUUUAGUGAAGGAUAUUCAGGAUAGUUGUAGUUUCAGUGCCACGAUAUUUGAUAUUGCCGGCAUUUUAACAGUUACUUUGUUAAGUGAAUUUAAAGAAAGAAAAUUCAAAGCACUAACAUUUCGAUCGGAUGCUAAAGAACAUCAACAAAAAUGCAAUUUUAAGAUAGCACUCUUCAAACGAGUUGUGCAAUGAAUGGCUUACUCAAAUUCUCUUUACUCAAGAAAAGAAAAGAAGAAAGGAGAGUCAUUAGACUAUAAAUUUCAAGUUAAAAAGCCAAGUCACAAACUAAUCAGUGACUCUAAACAACAAUUUACUGGAUGAAUUGUAUAUAUAAAAUUCUAACCACUUGUGAUUCUUAGUUAACAUUUUAUAAGCUUUGUAUUUUACAAGGACUUCUAUUCUUAUUUAUCCAAAAUUAUUGUUUUUGUCCAUUUCUCUCAGCCUUUUGCAAAAAUAGGCAAGAGUCCUGAAACUUGGAUAAAACAGGUCAGGUAUACAGAGAAAAUAAUCUAAAAGUAUCUGUUAAGAGGGUUUUAGUAGUAUCAAAAUUUUUUUUUGUUAAAAAGGUACUAUGUGAACAGAAGUAUAUUUUAAAAGAGGGAUUAAGAUGAAAUUAAAACCAAAUGGAUUCAUAAAAUUGCUAUUUGAAUACAGUAUUUACCUUUGCAAUCAGAGCAUGAUUCUGUAACCAGCUAUUGCAUUUCAUCUCAUUUGUCUAGAGUAGAGUCUAAUUUGUAGUUCAUUGUCAUGUGAAAAGCCAUCUUCUCCCUUCUCCAUCAACCUUCACCAUCCGUUUUUGAACAUACGAAAGCACUUUGAUCUUGCCGUUAAGUGUUGUCCUACACCGUUAGGCUGUGUUCACUAAAGUUCCGACUUAUUUUAGUCUGUAGGGUAGGAUGUAAUGUACAGAAUGAUUAGAAACUAGAAUCUUCUUUCUUUUUGCUUUCUCCAUUUCUACACACAUUGAAAUAGAAGAGGAGAAAUACAAUUUCCCAGUUCUGUUGAAUAGAUGUAGGAAGAUAGUGGCCUCAUUUUUAAUUUCACCAGUGCCUGUCAAAGGCACCAGAAUGAAUAGUAUCUAAAAGAGUAUCACAACUUUUUUGCAAACUUAGUUGAUAACAUCAUCAAACUGUAGAUAAUAAUUAUGAAUAUAGAUUUGGAGCACCAAGUCACUAAUUGGUGCCAUGUCCUUUGUUUUUCUCUUUAGUUUUUAAGGUUUUUAUUUUACUACAUUUUUAUAUUUCUAAGUAACUAAUGCAGGAGAGUUAGAGAAAAGUUUAUAACUAAGUAACUUCGCAGGAGAGUUAGAGAAAAGUUUUAAGAUUUUACUACAUGUACUCAACCCACCUAGAUAGGUUCUAAACUGACACCGGCGCAUAAUAAGAUAUAGAUUAUAGUUCGUGUAACUAUUCGUUACACUUCACAGUUUAAGAACAAACUUAACUUUAUAUAUGAAUAAUAAUUUUAACUAAUUAUAUUUAGUCGUUGCUUUAGCAACAAAACUACAACAUGGCUACCUUUAGACACAUUGUUUUUGUUUAUUGUUGGUGUUUUUUUUUUUGCUGUUAAUUUUACUUGUAAACUAUACAUGGUUUUUGACAGUAUGACCAUAUAGAAGGUACAGCUCAAAACUCAGAGAAUAGAUAUGGCUAAAUUUUUCUUUAAGCCCAAAUCGCGAGGUGAUAGCUGAAUUUGUGUCCUUAUAUGACUUUUUAAUCAAAAAGUUUACAACACAUGGAUUCUAGAGUCAGGCUUUAUAGCUUAAUGGAAUUUGUUGUGUGGAUAGGGUUGUUCCACAGUAUUUAGACUUCAAAACAUGAUCGUUGCCUUUAUAACCUAUUACCUGACCUUUUUUCAUAACAUUUUUUAUUCCAAAUUACUCUAUGCACAAGACAUAGCUAUCACUACAAAAAAUUGUCUCUUCUGGAAUCAUAUACCACCGAUACAUCCAAAUGCGGAUUAAAGAAUGAUAGAAGUGUAUUUUAAGAUUAAUUUCCAUUUGUAAAACCAUGCAGAUACUGUGGAAUGACCCCUUGACAGUGUUUGAGAGACAUAUGCUGCAGUUCAUUGAUGGUCUCAGUUAGGGUGCGACAGUGUGAGACACACCUUUUUUGCACUUAUGUACAUAGUCCAUGAACGCUAUGCUUGGAGCUUUUUUUUUUUAAUAUAAGAGAUCUGUGAUAAUAGCGGAAAUGUUAGUAAGAUAGAGUUAUUCCUAAAGCCUUGAGAAGGAGGGGAGUUUUGCUAGAAGACUUAAUUAACUAAAGCAUGGUGUCGCUUUGCUGUUGGGGAGGCUUUCUGGUUUGCUACAGUUCACCAAAAGAGAAGACUGGUAACAGGUAACACAAGUCACCUUCAGCUUACCAAGAGCAAAGGUCCUUCAUCUUUUGGCAAAACCAGUAGCAAAGAUUGUUUGCCUUUUAGAUUCAUCUCCAUUGUAAACACACACACACACACACACACACACACACACACACUCACCAGGUAGGUUUCUGGCAAAGGUUUUGUUUUUUUCAAUGGUUGCAAGCAGUGAGAUGCCCUGUAAGUUGCAAGAUGGAUAGUUCUUUGACAGAACAUGACCAACUGAGAUGUAUCAGUUACAUCAAUUAAUAUCCACUUAAGUGGCAAUCAAAGAAUUAACAUUCACCACUACUUCCCCUUUAAAAUUCAGAUCCCAAAACCCAUUGGCAACCAUUGAGAGACUGAAUUUUACAGUUAAGUAUGGCCAGCAUGAGGCAUUUUGUUCCCUCCAACAAAAGAAAAAAAGUGCUUCUGGCACUUUAUAAAUGGCUUUAUUUACCUUAUACCUAUUGAAUGGAAACUGUUUUUUGACUUGCCCCUACCAGAUUAGAAAGUGCUUUACUCUGCCACUAUAGCCUCCCACUGUUUUAACUCAACAGGAGAGAACCCGCCCAAAUCUCACAUACAUAGGAGCUGGAAAAGAAUGUUUCAAUCAGACCGUCUCUGUGGAUUCUAGCUCCCUGAUCAUCUACUAUUCACCAUUUAACUUUUUGUUGCCUCUAGGCAAUGAGGUUAGAAAGGUGUAAGGAUAGAUCACCACUGGUAAAUUGAGUCCUUCACAUCCUGGGGGCGUGUCGCCCUUGCCUUGGAGAAGGAACCCAUUUUGGGAUUAGGGGAGUUGGUACUAGUAUCAAUAUCCAUUUUGAUGGUCUCACAGAGACGGAAAAAUAAGCCAGAGCCAGAAAGUAAUCCAAGCCUUACAGUUGUCCAAUAGCUCAGGGCCAGUUGAUUAGAAAUUUCUCUUCCCUGCCUGCCCCACCUUCAGCCCUUAAUCAGAGUCAGCUACACAACUAACAGCCUGACCAUCUGACCAGCAUUUCCACCAGUACAAAAUGUCAGCAUUCAUGCAUUCUGUAGUUAGGGACUCCAAUUUCAACCUCAUCACCAAUGUAUUUGCCCAGCUUACCCCAUGUCCUUGUGUUGGUAUUUCCCUGUGAAUCUAUGAGCCACAAGGAUAUAUUUUCAUAAGGACAAGAGAAGUAUAAAAUUUUAAGUGAAGAAGAAUCACCUAUAAAAUAGUAAGAAUGAACUUAGAAGCAUCACAAAAGAUAACCAAUUAGCUGAUGGCAUGUUGUACAUGCUGACAGCCACUGGAUCACCCUCUUUGGAGCUUAAACACAGUGGCUGUGUUUCAGUGAGUCAAAUUAGAGAAUGAAGCAUAACAAAACAUGAAUGACUUGAGGCCAAAAAGGGACCUCUUUUAUUAAACCCGGGAAAGGGCUUGGUUUGACUAAUUCAUACACUUUUCAGCCAGCUCCUCUACUUGAUCUUGCCUAGAAAAUAAUCACCCAUUCAUACUCCAAAGCAGGAUGAUGCCAGAGAAAUUUUAUCUUUAGAUAGGACAUAUCCUCAAUUAUAGCAUCCUGAAAAGAAAAGAAAUGUAUCACUGUGAACUACAUCACAACUAUUUGAAGGUAUUGCAGAAAUUCUCACUAGUCACCUUCUACAUCAUAUUACUUUAAUCUUUAAAAAAGUACCUCUGUAACAAGACCAAAAAGUAACCCAACUUUAGGCCAUGCUCUUUUUCUCCCAAAACACACAACUGAAAGAUUUAUCUAACAUAGAACUGCAUGGAUGCAAAGCUUUAUUUCUGUAUGCAGAUGCUAUCUGUUCAUAAUGGAAACCAAAUUAUUCUGUUGCUCUUUUGUGUCUAGCGGUUGAGAGAAUGAUAUGACCAUCAUAUCAUUGGGUUCUGGGAUUGCCCUUUUCAAAAUAAAUUUCCUUUUAUUAUUGUUGUUGCUUCUUUAAUUAUUAGCAAAUGAAUGAGUUUGUUAUCAUACCCCUAAAUUACAGUCAUUCAAAUUUUAAGAAAAGAUGUUCCUAAAUGUACUCCCUUUUUAAGGGCUAACUUUGUGUGUUUAUAUAACAAUCCAGUACAAUGUAGAAAAUGAAGCAUGUAUUUGGGACAGAAGAAUGUCAGUUUAAAACUACCUGUGGAUGAGAAAAUUAUUAGCCAUGUGCAACAAUUAUAAAUUUAAUAAUGACCACGAUGUUUCACAGAUGUAAAAACUCUUCCCAUCAUGUUUUGCCUGCAAGAUGCAAUGGCUCAUUCCCUCAACUGCUAUUAUUAGGGUAGAUGCUUUGAUUUUUUUCUCCCCAAGUUAUAGUGCUGUACUGCUUGUUUGUGUUUAGAAAUGUGCAUUAUGCAACUCAUUUUAGUAUGCUACUUCUGUGUUUUUGUUUUUGGUUCUUUUAAUAAAAUGUGUAAAUUUCA